AUGAAAAUUAAGCUAAACAAUAUUGACCCGAAUGCCAACCCAUGCCACGAUUUUUAUCGAUACGCCUGUGGGAAGUGGAUAAGGAAGGGCGGCGACGUUAGCGUCUAUUUUGAAAUGUUCCAAGCCACCCAUGCACAGCUGGAAAAGCUGCUGCGUGACGAUACCAGAGAUUCACUGGCUGUAAGAUCGGCUCAAAAAUUGGCGAAGCUCUACCGACCGUACGACAAUGAGAAGCUUUAUAGCUCGAUUCCGGCGUACGUGAAGAAGUUUGGCGAGGUGCCGCUAAUCGCGCAGAAGCUGGAGCGGGGCAUGCACCCGCCCGCGCUAGCCGAACUGAGCUCCAUCGCCUCAUUCCACGAGGGCGAGCAAGGCGACGACCGAAACCCCUUGUUUCGAUACGAAGGAGCCUUUUUGUUCGAUAUCUACACCUCGUCCAUCCCUGAAUUUUACGAGGGCUACAUCCAAACUGACGCCACCACAACCAAUGUCACGAUCGAUGAACUUCAGAGGUUGAUUCCAGAGUUUAACUGGCUAACUUUCGUCUCCAACCACACGAUCGGUGAUCAGAGACGGAAUCUGGGUCCUGGCACCCGGUUGAAGUUGCGCGGGAGUAAGAAUAUGUUUGCAGAGUACGCCCAGCUCCUAAAAAUUGACGCGACAACGAUGCGAAACGUGGCCUUCUUCAGCUGGUACGCCUACAUCCAAAAGGCCGCGAACUCGGGCUUUUCGUGGCACGGCGUAUUUCACAAGCUGGUCGAGCACUACCUGGCCAGGGACAUCUUCCCUCACGUGGUGCUGGAGGAGGCUGAGCAAAUAGUCAAAACUAUCCGCGUGGAGUUCGAUAAGACGCUCGCGGAGAACAAGUGGUUGGCGCCAGAGACGAAGGCCAUUCUGAGGAAAAAGCUGAAAAACACACCCGCCUAUCUCGGCUACAACAAAAAUGCGUUGGAUAUGAACCUCGUGGAUGCACUGGCUGAAUUUCUUCCGGUCCACGACAAGUUUUCGCCGGUCGAAAUAAUCGUGCUGAGGAGUCGGGCAGCUUGGGUGAAGGAGCAAUAUGUCAUGCUGCCAAUCGGCAUCCUCGCAAAACCGUCGUUCGACCGCCGGUGGCCACUGGAGUUCAACUACGGCGGGUUGGGGAUGACGACCGCCCAUGAGUUCACACACUCUUUUGAUGAGAUCGAUGAUCUGCCACCUGGAAAUGUCGGGAACGAUACGACGGGGUUUCUGGAACGUCAUCAGUGCCUCAUCGAUCAAUUUGGAAAUGUCAUCCAUUACAAUGAGUAUCUCAACAUAUCGGUUAUGGGAGACGGCGUCGAGCAGGGCCGAGAAGUUCUUGCGGACAACCAAGGCACCCUUGUCGCUUUUCGGAACCUGGAACCGUUCGCGACGGCGUUCAAGUGUCCGCUGAACUCACCGAUGAACCCGGAGAAGAAGUGUCGCGUGUGGCGUCGCAUCAAAAAGCGC